UAAAUAUUUAUGGAAUUUGGGUGGAGAGAGACAAUUCUCUAGGAGGAGGAGCGAUGAGAAUAUCUGAAUGAUCUUGUUGAGAAAUAUAUAAUAAAAUAACCAUGGCGUGUCUACUCCGAUCAAGACUUAAGUUGCUUCGGAAUUUGUAUCCUUUUGUUGCUCAAAAUUUUCAGACCGUGGCUCAGAUAGCAGUCGGAUCACCUCCAACAAUCCAAUGUAAUAUUGAUAUAUUUGAGGUGAACGCGGAGUUAAAGCAUUUGGUGAAAUCUGGCCGUCUCUGUGAUGCUAACCGACUGUUUGAUAAUUUGCCUACAAGAGACGAAGUCACAUGGACGACUAUCAUCUCCGGUUACGUUGCCUCAUUUGAAUUCUCCAAAGCUCUGUCUUUGUUUUCCAGUAUGUAUGUUGAUCACCAAGUUAGACUCGAUCCUUUCGUUCUCAGUGUUGUCCUCAAGGCCUGUGGACUCAGUUUCAAUGACAGAUUCGGGGAACUACUCCAUGGGUAUACUGUGAAGACCGGCUUUGUUAAUUCUGUCUUUGUGGGUAGCUCUCUUCUUGACAUGUACAUGAAGAUUGGCAAAACUUUGAAUGGCUGCAAGGUGUUCGAUGAAAUGCCCAUUAGAAAUGUCGUUUCCUGGACUGCCAUCAUAACUGGCCUUGUUCACGCAGGUCAUAACCACCAAGGGUUAUCAUAUUUUUCUGAUAUGUGGAGAGGAGGUGAGCAUUGCGAUUCGUAUACUUUUGCUAUUGCAUUGAAGGCAUGUGCAGUGAUAGGUGCUCUGAAUCACGGCAGAGAAAUCCACACUCAGGCGAUGAAGAACGGGCUCGAUACGAGUUUACAUGUAACCAACAGUCUGUCUGCCAUGUAUAACAAAUGUGGCAAGUUAAACUACGGCCUCUGCUUAUUCGGUAAGAUGGAAACUCCUGAUGUUGUUUCUUGGACAAACGUAAUCGCAUCGUAUGUUCAGAUGGGUCGAGACGAGAAUGCUAUUACAGAGUUCUUAAGAAUGAGAGAAUCGGAAGUUCGUCCAAAUGAAUACACGUUUGCAGCUGUGGUCUCCGCCUGUGCCAGUCUUGCUAGAACCAAAUGGGGAGAGCAACUCCACGCUCACGUUCUACGCUUAGGCCUGUCGGGUUCGUUAUCGGUAUCUAAUUCCAUCAUGACCAUGUAUUCAAAGGGAGGCGAUCUCGAUUCAUCUUCGGUUCUUUUCAACGGUAUGAAAGUAAGAGACGUGGUUUCAUGGAGCACGGUUAUCGCCGGGUACGCACAGAGCGGCUGCGCAGACGAAACAUUCGAGUUUCUGUCACGUAUGAGAAGGAACGGACCGAAGCCAACCGAAUUCGCUCUCGCUAGCGUCUUGAGCGUAUGUGCCAACAUGGCUAUCCUCGAGCAAGGAAAGCAAAUCCAUGCACACGUCCUGUCGGUCGGACUGGAUCACACGUCUAUGGUACAGAGCGGGUUGAUCAACAUGUACUCGAAAUGCGGGAGUUUAGAAGAAUCGGAGAAGUUAUUCCUAGAGGCGGAAAAGAACGACGAUAUAGUAACGUGGACAUCAAUGAUCAACGGAUACGCUGAACACGGUCAGAGCGUGAGAGCCGUUGAAUUAUUCGAAAAGCUUCUUAAAUUGGGUUUGCGUCCUGAUUCAGUUACUUUCAUCGGGGUACUGACAGCUUGUAGCCACGGCGGGCUGGUGGAACUGGGCUUGGAAUACUUCGAUUCGAUAGAAAAGAAAUACGGAAUAAGUCGUUCGAAGGAACACUACGGGUGCGUAAUUGAUCUACUAUGUCGGGCUGGGCGAUUGGGUGAGGCUGAAGGUUUGAUAAGAAGUAUGCCCCACAAAAGGGACGAUGUGGUUUGGUCGAGUUUGCUUAGGGGUUGUAGGGCUCGUGGAGAUGUUGAGUGUGGGGAGAGAGCUGCGGAAGAGGUAAUUAAAUUGGAUCCGAAUUGUGCGGGAACGCAUAUAACGAUGGCGAAUUUGUAUGCGGCGAAAGGGAAGUGGGUGGAGGCGGGUAUGGCGAGGAAAAUGAUGAAAUCUAAGGGGCUUAUGAAGGAGCCUGGAUGGUCUUGGAUUAAAAUUAUGGACAGUGUUUCUGCAUUUGUGGCUGGUGAUCGUUCACAUCCUCAGGCUCAUGAUAUAUAUAGUGUUUUAGGACUAAUUGUUUCGGAGGAUCAUGAUGCAAAGGAUGAUGAUGAUGAUGAUUUAGUUAUUCAUUUUUUAUGAUUAAUAACAAUCUUUUUGUCUCUAUUUCAAGUUUCAAUUCAUCCAAAUAUCUAUCAUGUUCAUGGA